UAACCAUUAUCAAUUAAUCUUUCUGUUGCUUUUUUAGUUGUCUCUGGAGAUUUAUUGAUAUCAACGGGUACAUCAUCGUCUUUACUGUCACCUGCAGCAGUCUCUGCAUCAAAGGAAUCAACAUGGACACAACCACCGCCGCAGCCUUCGUUGUCUUCUUCACCUUCAAGAAAAAUUCACAAACUGGCAAAUGAAUAUGUCUCUAAAUUUGACAGAAUAGAGAUCACCAGAAACAAUUCCUUGAAGAAGGUUAUAGACGUUUUUGAUGACUUCGUCAUCAGUAUGGGAAACAUCAUAAAAUCUCUUAACGGCGCAUUUAGCACAGAACAGAUUGAGAUAAGCAGAGCAUCCAUCUUUAAUGUGGCAUAUGCAUUCGAGGAAUUUGUUCUUAAUUAUGGCAAACUUCACCUGGUUGGAACGAGGUCUUCACAAGAGAUCCAUAGCCACAAAUUGGUGCUGCGUAUUCAAAAAGGCCAGCGCCAAAAUGCGAGUGACUUCUAUCUUGGGAAAGAAGAAUGGCAAGCAAGCAUAAAUGUUCCAUCUGCAAAUUUUGCGAAAAACGGAUCAGUGGUUGUUGGGAUUGUGUACAAAGAUCUCCAUGAUCUCUUGGCUCCAGAUCAACCCAUCAGGAUUAAAGCAGGCAACAGAAGACAUUUGAGCUCCGGGAUAAUGGCCGUAGCAAUGGCUCCAAACCCAGACAAGCUGCGAGAAAAUGUCAUCUUAAAGUUCAGAAACCUGGAAGUAAAAGCAAGAUCAAAAUUAGUCGAUAAAGGAGAGAAGAAAUGCAUAUUUUGGAGUGGCCUCAGCGAGGGGUCAGAAGGGUUCUCAGGGAGAGGAUGCUAUGUGGUUACAUCUAAAAGCAACUCAGAAGAAACAGUUUGCAGCUGCAAUCAUUUGACUCAUUUUGCUGUCUUAGUUGACUACGAUGAUAGCCUAGGGCUUACGUUGGAGAACGAAGCUAUUCUGCAAAUUAUCACCUACGUGGCACUAAGCUUCUCCAUUACCGGGAUACUUUUGACAAUUAUUGUGGAAUCCUUCAUUACAGAUUUUGGUCAGCCUCUUUCUCAAAUAAGAUUGAGUCUUUCUGUGUCACUCGGAGCUGGUCAAAUAAUCUUUCUCGCCGGUAUAAAGGCCACAGAAAAUAGGGCUUUCUGUGUUACGGCAGCAGCUCUCUCGCAAUAUUUCCUGAUGGCCGCUUUCUGUUGGAUGAUGGUCGAGGGAGUUUAUCUUUAUCUGUUUGUUGUGAAAGUUUAUAUCAUUGGCGACAAGAUGCACACGUAUCACGUCAUCUCAUGGGGUUUUCCGAUCGUCAUGGUGGGCAUUUCAUUGAGCGUUGCGGCUGGAAAAGAUGGAAUUCAAAGUUAUACCAGUGAAAAAUAUUGUUGGCUGUCCUCGACUAACAACCUGAUCUGGAUAUUCGUCGCAUUUGUGGCGCUCGUUGAAGUUGUCAACAUUUUGAUACUCAUCCAGGUCCAUAAAAAGAUGAGCACACUAGUGCAGCCAAUGGUGGAAGACAAGCAUUUCCGGCAGAUACGAGUUAGCAUUAAAACAUGCGCAAUGAUGGUGCCACUACUGGGCGUCACGUGGUUAUUUGGUCUUUUGUUACCAUUACAAAAAGCUUUCGCCUAUAUUUUCACCAUCUUAAACUUCACUCAGGGUUUCUUGAUUUUCGCCCUUCACCGUAUGCGAAACAGACAGAUUAGAGAGCGAUUGAGGAGUAGGCUGAACACCAUUUUUCCAUAUGCAGACGAUGGAAACUUUGCAGAGAAGAGCUCACAACGUAACCUAAGUGAUGCCGGAAAUGUAUCUUCAAUUGAGCUUGGUCAGGAUCGAGAUGUCAGCAAAGUCAGGCCUUCUGUGUCCGCUUGCUAGUCAUUACAGCAAUGUUUUGAAUAAGUCGUGGUUUAGUGCUAAUAUUUGUUGAGAAUUUUUUGCAUAAAGGAGGGCAGUGAAAGGUACCCUAGCAAAUCGUGAGUAUCGCGAAGUAUUAUCCGAUCACGAAAUCUCUGCUCAAAGUCCAACUUUUUUUUUAAUAGGCGAUAUUCUCUUAUAAAAGAUAGCUAGAAUGGCUUGAAGCCAACACAGUGGGCAACAAAAACCGCCCAGGGGCCCGUGUGUGAAUGGGCUGGAAGCGACUUCAAUAAGCAACACGAAUACCCCAUCCACACCAGCAAAACAUGUUUUAGUUACACCGGGUUUAACUGAACAAAACUACGAACCAGAGAACUGAAAAUCUGAAUUUUCCAAAGGAUUCAAGUAGUAAAUAACUUGUAUUCUCAAUGUGCUAAAUUUUUGAAGCCGACGAACAUCGCUUUAAGCAGCUUCUGUGAAGAAAAGAAAUUUAAUGAA